AUGAACCCGAGUGAUGGGGGCUCAGAGGAGUUGCCACCACCACCUGCUCUGCCCCCCGACAUGGUGCCCAUCAAAGCAGAAGAAGAUGUCGCUGAGGAACUGCCUCCAAACAAGCCUGCAAAGACCAAGAGGCUCCCAAAGGCCAGGCCCGGGCUUGGGAAGAGAGGGCAGACCAUCCAGCUACUUGCUAACCACUACAAAGUUUCCAUGAGGAGUUCAAAUGACUUUUUCCACCACUACCAUGUUAAUCUGAAGUAUGGGGAUGAUCAGCCUGUUGUUGGAAAGGAGAUAGUGCGAAAGGUGCUGGAUAAACUGCAGCAUAUGUACCGUUCCGAGCUCGCGAACAAUGAAUUUGCAUAUGAUGGUGAGAAGAGCCUCUUCACAAUUGAGCCUCUUUACAAUGAGUUCACUGUAGUGUUGGAAGACAUCGGAAGGGGAAAGUGUUCUGGAGGUAAUAGUGGCAGCAGUCCUGGAGGUAGUGACACGAAGAGAGUAAAGAGGUCCUACCAGACAAAGAUUUUCAAAGUGGAGCUUUGCUUUGUGGCGAAAAUCCCUACGGCCGCAAUCACGCAGGCCCUUAGAGGUCAAGAAUCAGAGAACUCUCUUGAGGCUCUUCGAGUUCUUCAUAUCAUACUGAGGCAGCAUUCUGCAAAACAGGGCUGUCUUCUACUCCGCCAGUCAUUUUUCCACAACAAUCCUCGUAAUUUUCUUGACUUGAAAGGUGGUGUGGUGGGGUGCAGAGGAUUUCACUCAAGUUUCCGUGGUACGCAGAGUGGACUCUCCCUAAACAUCGAUGUUUCGACUACCAUGCUAGUUAAACCUGGUCCUGUUAUUGAUUUUCUUCUUGCAAACCAGAUGGUUGAUCACCCUAACAGAAUUGACUGGUCAAAGGCCAAGCGUGCUCUCAAGAACUUGAGGAUAAAAACCACUCUUUCUAAUUCAGAGUUCAAGAUUUUUGGUUUGAGUGAGAAAAAAAGCAACGAACAGACGUUUCCAUUGAGGCGCAGGGAUGGUGACAAUGGAGACACUAAUACUGUUGAAAUAACAGUCUAUGAAUACUUUGUACAUAAUAGAGGCAUAGGACUGCGCUAUUCCGAUCUUCCCUGUAUCAACGCUGGGAGGCGAAAUCGUCCUACGUACUUCCCUCUGGAGCUCUGCGAGCUCGUUCCUCUGCAAAGAUACACCAAAGAUCUGUCUAUUCUGCAGAGGUCCUCACUUGUGGAGAAGUCCAGACAAAAGCCUCAUGAAAGAAUGUCAAUACUUAACGAUGCACUUAAACGCAGCAAUUAUGACUCUGACCCCAUGCUGAAGGCAUGUGACAUUUCCAUUGCCCGACAUUUUACUCAAAUUGAAGGGAGGGUCCUGCCAGCACCCAAGCUGAAAGCCGGUAACGGUGAAGAAUUCUUCCCACGCAACGGAAGGUGGAAUCUUUCAAAAAAGAGGCUGAUUCAGACAUGUUCUGUCAACAAAUGGGCAGUUGUCAAUUUCUCUGCAGAGUGUGAUGUUCAUGGUCUUGUCCGAGACCUUAUAAGGAUUGCAACUGAAAUGGGGAUUAAAAUAGAAUACCCUUAUUGUGAUGUAAUUGAAGAGAGCCCGUCGGCAAGAAGAGCUCCUGCGUCACGUAGAGUGGACGAGAUGUUUGCUAAGAUAAAUUCCAAUCCACCUGGAGACCCCAAGUUCCUCCUGUGCCUUCUUCCUGACAGAAAAAACUGUGAAAUUUAUGGGCCUUGGAAGAGGAAGUGUCUUGCUGAAUGCGGCAUCUUCACACAAUGUCUAGCUCCUCCAAGAAAAGUCAAUGAUCAGUACCUGAUUAAUGUGUUAUUGAAGAUAAAUGCUAAACUUGGUGGUCUCAACACAUUGCUGCAAUGUGAACUAUCCCCUGCACCUGCAGUACUACCCAUUGUGGGGAAGCUGCCUACUAUCAUCUUGGGCAUGAAUGUGUCACAUGGUCAGCCUGGGCAAUCUGAUAGGCCUUCCACCGCUGUGGUGGUUAAUUCUCGCCAGUGGCCUCUCAUCUCUAAGUACAGAGCAACAGUGCACACUCAGUCACCCAAACUAGAAAUGAUGUCCUCCUUGUUUAAACCACGAGGAAAGAAAGAUGAUGGCCUCAUUCGGGAAUCGCUUAUCGACUUCUACAGUAGUUCUGGUAAUCGAAAACCAGAGCAAAUUAUUAUUUUCAGGGAUGGAGUUAGCGAAAGCCAGUUUACUCAGGUCAUCAACAUUGAGCUGGAGCAGAUCAUCGAGGCCUGCAAGUUCCGGACUGAAUCCCCAAAUAAUGUUCCUCCUGGGACCGUCGUGGAUAAAGAGGUCUGCCAUCCCAAGAAUUUCGACUUCUACAUGUGCGCACAUGCUGGGAUGAUCGGCACGUCGAGGCCAACACAUUACCAUGUUCUGCAUGAUGAGAUCGGCUUCUCCGCGGAUGAGCUUCAGGAAUUUGUGCAUUCACUUUCAUACGUGUACCAGAGGAGCACAACAGCGAUAUCAGUCGUUGCUCCGAUCAUGUACGCGCAUCUGGCGGCUGCACAGGUAGGCGCAUUCGUGAAGUUUGAAGACAUGUCGGCCGCGUCGUCGAGCCAGGGAGGGGGGCACACGUCGGCGGGCAGCAUCCCGGUGCCGGAACUGCACAAGAAUGUGAGGACCUCCAUGUUCUUCUGCUGAUCCGCUUGCUGCUGGGGGUAGUGGUGAA